AUGGCUAACGCCACAGCAAGAACAGAGGAAGGAGUCCCAAGUCAGCCCAGAGAUGUCAAUACGAAACUUGACAAAGGUGGAAUUUCUGUUACAUGGAAGGAUCCCCAGGACCACAACGGAAUUAUCACUGAGUACUCGGUAUACUUUGAGGGUAAAAGAGCAUAUAACACUUCCUUUCAACAUAACCAUGAAAUAGUUUUAGACGAAACCUCUCGGAGCACUGAGAUAUCAGUGGAAAAGUUGAAGCCUGGUACACAAUAUAGUGUUUAUGUGAAAGCAAAAACAGCCAAAGGGUAUGGAGCCAAAAGUGAUUCUGCGGUGGUGGAGACACCAUCAAAACAACCUCCUCCGCCCAAACUCCCCCAAGUUGUCGAAGCUGACGUUACAACAACAACAAUUACGAUCUCUUUAUCGCCAUCCGAUGACACUAACGGAGAGAUCAUUCGGCAUGAAAUCAUUGUAGAAAUGCUCGGAUCAGCCAGAGCUCGUCGUGAAACACCCCCCCUCCCGGAGAAAAUAUACGGCUUCGAGGAAGCGCAAACAAAUGGCGAUCGUUUCUACAUUGCGGCCGUGUUUGAAAGACGAAAACUGCCCGUGGAGUUUGUUCUUGGAAAUGGGAAGACAUACGGUGGUUAUGAGAAUGCUCCUCUUAAGCCAGGGACGCGUUACAAGGUGUAUGUAAGAGGAGUCACAGAACAUAACGGGAAAUGGCUUAUAGGAAAAGCAGCUGCAAUCAGUCUGCCGGAAACUGAGGAGUUGCCAGUCGCUAAAAAGGGUGACAACAUCGUUGGUGUAGUCGCUGGUGUUCUGGGAGCGCUGAUACUUAUCGUGAUUGCCAUCAUAGCAUUUCUUCUGUAUCAAAGAUCCAACAGGCCACCCAAUGCCAACCUUGAUGUGGAAAGUCAGAAAAAACAAAAAAGAAAGCGAAAGGAGUUUGAGCUGAAGCGCUCCAGUACAAAGAAGAAAUUGCUUGCAGCUCCAGGCGAGGUCAUCAACGAUGCAGAUCAUCCACCCGUACUUGUGGAUCAGCUUGCAAAGCAUGUAGCGAAGUUACACAAGUCCGAUGACCGUGGAUACAUGAUUGAAUACAAUAAACUUGACAGUGGCCAGGAGUAUGCCUGUGAUGCGGGCUUAAUGACAGAAAAUAAGGCUAAGAACAGAUAUGGCAACAUUAUUGCGUAUGAUCAUUCAAGAGUCGUCCUGACCCCAAUCGAAGGAGAGCCUGGCUCAGACUAUAUCAACGCUACAAGAGUUGAUGGAUACAACAAACCCAAUGCAUACGUUGCCUGUCAAGGUCCAGUGCCUCCAACCUUUGACGACUUUUGGCGUAUGGUCUGGGAACAGCAGUCUUCCACAAUAGUUAUGCUGACUAAUCUACAAGAGAGACAUAAGUUGAAGUGUCACAAAUACUGGCCGGAUGAGACCCAAGACUACGGUGACAUAUCUGUAAUGCUUGUCAGGUCAGAGCAUUACUCCGAUUAUAACAUCAGAACAUUUAACGUCAAACGGGAAAGUGAAAAAGAGGAGAGAGAAGUUAAACAGUUUCACUUUACUGUGUGGCCAGAUCAUGGAGUACCUGAAUAUCCAACUGCCUUGCUGGCCUUUCGAAGACGACUCAGAGCUUAUAACCCGGCUGAUGCUGGACCUCCCAUUGUGCACUGCAGUGCUGGAGUUGGUAGAACAGGUACUUUCAUCGUUAUCGAUACCAUGUUGGACAGAAUCAAAGCAGAAGGAACAAUAGACAUUUUCAACUUUGUGGCUUACUUGCGAACACGUAGAACAGCCAUGGUUCAAACUGAGGAACAAUACACAUUCUGCCAUGACGCUAUUCUAGAAGCAGUUCAGUGUGGUAACACUCAAAUCUACGCUCACGACCUAAGGAUCACCCUCGCUCGGAUGAGUGACGUGGAUGCAGAGACAAAGAUAACUCGCUUUGAGUCUGAGUUCAAGAGACUCAACAAAGUAAGUCCAGUUCUUCACAAAGGGCACUGCACUGUGGCGUCAUAUCCAGAGAAUAGGGAGAAAAACAGAUCACCUGACAUCUUAGCUCCUGACUGCUAUCGAGUGGUGCUCACAGCAAUUGACGACAACGAAUCCACGUCGUACAUAAAUGCUGUUCACAUUUCGGGCUACAAGCAGCAACAUGCUUUUGUUGUCACGCAACAUCCACUUUCGUCCACCGUGACAGACUUUUGGCGCAUGCUCUGUGAGCAAGAGAGUUGCUGUGUUGUGUGGUUUGAUUCAAAGGAGCAAGAAGGGGAUUUCCCAGAAUUCUGGCCAGAUUCAGAAACUGAUGCCAAGACUUAUGAUGACAUGUUGACCGUCCAGCGAUUGGCUGCGAACAGCAGCAGUGUGGAUAACUUGAAGGCAACUUUUGACCAAAGUGAAAUCACUGAGAAGACAUUUAAAGCCACUGACCUGAGAACACCAGAAAAGAGUCUGCGUAUAAAGAUUUUUCAAUACAGCGGAUGGGUGAAUGAAAAUGAAGAACCUCCUGCGGCCGGUCUGAUCACUUUGAUAGCAAAGGUUGAGAAAUGGCAGCAACAUUCUGGGAAUGGACCCAUCACAGUUGUUUGCAGUGACGGUCUGGGCCGGAGUGGAACUUUUUGUGCAUUGUACUCAGUACUGGAACGUUUGAAGAUUGAACAGGUCGUUGAUGUGUUUCAGGCCAUCAAGGCCAUGCGAAUUCCUCGGCCGGGACUGGUGAAGACGGCGGGAGAAUAUAAAUUCAUCCAUUACGCCAUCCAGGAUUACUUGUCAGCGUUUGAUGACUAUGCAAACUUCAAGCCUUGAAAACGUUGUUAAACGGUUUGCCAGGGAAAACGGAUAUGUUAAACUCGAAGAACUGCGAAAACAAAUCCGAUGGACCAAGGCUAGUUAAUGCGGCAGCGAUGAUCGGUGGUCCCGCGAAAUACUUUUUAGGAUUAGGAAAUUAUU